CUGGCCCGGGCCCCAGGGCCCCAGGUCACGGGUCGAUGGCGGCCGAGGCGGGCGCGGAGGACCGGGCGGCAGCGCGGCCGCUGCUCACCGACCUCUACCAGGCCACCAUGGCGCUGGGCUACUGGCGCGCCGGCCGGGCGCGCGACGCCGCCGAGUUCGAGCUCUACUUCCGCCGCUGCCCGUUCGGCGGCGCCUUCGCCCUGGCCGCGGGCCUGCGGGACUGCCUGCGCUUCCUGCGCGCCUUCCGCCUGCGGGACGAAGAUGUGAGGUUCCUGGCGUCCGUGCUGCCCCCAGAUACGGACCCCGCGUUCUUCGAACACCUUCGGACCCUGGAUUGCUCCGGGGUGACGGUGCAGGCCCUGCCCGAGGGCUCCCUGGCCUUCCCGGGGGUGCCCCUGCUGCAGGUGUCCGGGCCCCUCCUGCUGGUGCAGCUGCUGGAGACGCCGCUGCUCUGCCUGGUCAGCUACGCAAGCCUGGUGGCCACCAACGCAGCGCGGCUGCGCCUGAUCGCCGGGCCCGGGAAGCGGCUGCUGGAGUUUGGCCUGCGCCGGGCCCAGGGCCCCGACGGCGGCCUCACGGCCUCGACCUACAGCUACUUGGGGGGGUUCGACGGCAGCAGCAACACACUGGCCGGGCAGCUGCGGGGGGUGCCGGUGGCCGGGACCCUCGCCCACUCUUUCGUCACCUCGUUUUCGGGCAGCGAGGUGCCCCCGGACCCGACGCUGGCCCCCGCCGCCGGUGCCGGCCCCCGGGUGGACCUGGCCGCGGGCGCGGCGGCGUGGCUGGGGCGCGUGUGCGCCCACCUGGGGCUGCGCGCGCAGGACCCCCACCCCGGGGAGCGGGCCGCCUUCGUGGCCUACGCGCUGGCCUUUCCCCGGGCCUUCCAGGGCCUGCUGGACUCCUACAGCGUGCAGAGGAGCGGUCUCCCCAACUUCCUGGCAGUGGCCCUGGCUUUGGGAGAGCUGGGUUACAGGGCGGUGGGCGUGAGGCUGGACAGCGGUGACCUGCUCCAGCAGGCGCGGGAGGUCCGUGGGGUCUUCCGGUCGGCCGCCGCCCGCUUCCAGGUGCCCUGGCUGGAGCUGCUCCCCAUCGCAGUCAGCAACAACGUUGACGAGGAGGAGCUGGCCCGACUGUCCCAGGAGGGCAGCGAGGUGGACGUCAUCGGCAUUGGCACCGGCCUGGUCACCUGUCCCCGGCAGCCUUCCCUGGGCUGUGUCUACAAGCUGGUGUCUGUGGGGGGCCAAGCUCGGAUGAAGCUGACGGAAGACCCCGAGAAGCAGACGCUGCCGGGAAGCAAGGCUGCCUUCCGGCUCCUGGACUCUGAGGGCUUCCUGCUGCUGGACAUGCUGCAGCUGGCGGAGGAGCCCCCGCCCCAGGCCGAGAGGGAGCUGAAGGUCUGGCCCCUGGGGGCCCGGGACCCCCGCACCGUGAGGCCCGCGCGGGUGGAGCCGCUGCUGCGACGCUGGCUGAGUGAGGGCCAGCUGUGUGAGCCGCUCCCGUCUCUGGCAGAGUCCCGGGCCUUCGCCCAGUGGUCGCUGAGCCGCCUCCGCCCUGCGCAUAAGCGGCUGCAGAGCCCCGCUCCGUACCAGGUGGCGCUGUCCGAGCAGCUGCGGGCCCUGGUGGACAGCCUGAGUGCCGGGGGGCCCGUGUGAGGGGGGCCGGAAACAAGUCCCUCCCUGCGCCCACAGCGUGUGCCGUGUCA